GCCGCCCUUUCUUGUUCUCCUCCGCUCGUCUCAUCACGAGAGCAGGUCAGGCCACCCCUCGCGUCGCUACUAGCCCGUUCCAGACAAGAGACAAACGCCGCUCUCGGGGUCACGCUACCUCCUGCCUCGAAGCACGCACCCCGCGGGCCCGGGCAUGGGGUUCUGACGCGCUCGCUCUCUCCCUCCUUCCUAGUCGUCUUUUCGAUAAGCUAUAAGGCGUCCGAACGCGUCUGACUAUCCACGAUGCUGCAUGCUGUACGCCCCGAGAGCAACUUUGAGCGCGAAGCCGCCCGUCUGUCCUAUGCGCGCGGCUCGUCCUCUUACGCCCAUCCACAAGCUCCUCUGUCACUGGAGGCGCACCAGCCAACGCUAGCUAUGCCCUUCUCGCCCUCGCGCACGCGCAAGACGCCCAGGGUCAUGGUCGCGCCCCCCUCCCUCGAGAACACGCACUGCCAGCAGCCCGGAUGCACGCACGUCGCCGUCAACGCGCGCGAGCUAGCCCACCACGUUCGCGCCGCACACGGCCUCGCUGCGUCUCCGCCGCGCAGCGUGUCCUCCCGUUUACGGCAGCGAAGCCCGCCCCCGCCGCGGCGGCCGGCUUCCUUGAAUGCAUCGCCGUCUCGCCCUUCAUCUUCAACGCAUCGUGGCAUCAUUCACCUGCGGUCUAUUCAGCCACCGAGCACCUGGACCCCUCCCAAACCCGUGCGCCUGCAGGAUGUCAUGGAGGAUGAGGAGAUGGAGCUCGAUGUGCGGGAGCAGGACGGGUGCUCGUUCACGCAAGAAAACGACUGGCGCUUGUCCGAUGCGCCGUCGAGCGAGUACUCCCCGCGUUCCUGGGGUACGGCCGCAUCUACGCCACAUAAUGCCCUCUCGCCAUCUCCGGCCUUCAGCCUUGCUCCGGCGCCGGAUCUCUCGCAGAUUCGCUCUGUGACCGCGCUCGAGGCGAUACCGGAGGAUGAGUGGUCGGAGUAGCACGAAACCAUGCCGCGCCGAGCGACUCACUAUCGGCCCUAACGACUUCCUCGCCUUCUUGGUCCCAAACUCGCUGCAUCUUCCAGCUUCUUCAUGUUGCAUUCUUGAACCAAACCCAUCUCAUUAGCCCACAUCCCCCAAAGCUUGUCUGGUGACACGCCCGCCGCGUGCGCUACCUUCUUGAUAGCGCACCAGCCAACCGACUUCUUUAGACCCUCAUCGUACCCACCCUUCCCCUCUAACGAAGCUCUCAUGCUAUGACUCAAAUGUAUACUAGACAAGCCAUUAUUCCGAGCUAUCUCUGGUCGGAAAGGUCCCCGCUGGCUAUCUUCGCAGGCGGUUCACCCAUCCGACGAGCGAUAGCUCUUCAUUAUCAUUCCACGUUAUCGCCCUGCAUCCUGACCCGUAGACUCACUUAUGUAUGUACGCCCUGGAAGUUUCAUUGCCAACUUAUCAUUGACCUACUUUGACCGAGAAAAGCUG